CGAAGUUACCAAGACCGUGGUGGCCAUUUGAAAAUAUGCUGAGUACUUAGGAAAGAGAAACUAAGAACGAUUAAUGGGAUGACUAGAAUGGCUAAAGGCGAGAGAAACAAACGAGUACUCUUCCUAUUUCCCCCACAAUAACAACGUGAAGUAGGUUGAUAUGAGAAAGCGGGAGUGUACACAUCUGCCUAAAAACCAAUGGGUGUUGAAAUGGAAGUACCCAUCUUAGAGAAAGGAAUGACUUGCUAAUAUUGAGCAAUUGUAACUGACAACAUUUGGGAAUGUUCCAAAGAAGACAUUUACUUUCAUUUGCUAAAAAAUAUGGAGUGCUGGUUUGAAUUAGAAGACUCUCCAUAGUUGGUUGAAGGGAGGAAUGGGAAGGAGGUAGGCUUACUUAAAAGUAUGUUUUAGCAGAGAGAAUUUGUAACCAGGAGAUUGCUUGGCAAACCACCAACCAAUAGGAAUCUACCUAGAAGAAACAAGCUCAUUGGGGACUUUGUUACUGGCGCCAAUCCCUUCAAAAAUAAAGUGGAAAUGAAAGAGGGGCAGCAUUUGCUAGCAGUUCCAGGAUGCUUAUCGCAGCAAUCCCUUUUCAGGGGUCGUUCUCCUUUGCGCCAAACAAGAACGGGGAGAGAGUCUUAAGCAAACGGGAUGUUUCGAGUCCAAUCAAUGGGAUGAGAGGUUCUCUACCAACAAUGGGACGAAUGGUUCUCUAUAACUUUGUCUCUACGUAAAAAUGUGCGUAUCCUUUUCUGUCUGGAAGCCAGCGUCUUGACUCUGAAUCUCGCGCGCGGUUCCAACGAGGGCAAAAAGUUCCAGCAAUGGCAAUAGCAAUCCGUCUAGAGAAGCAGGUUAUCGGCGAUUGAACAAGGAGUAUCUUACAAAUUCACUGAUUGAACGGUUGCAGCUACCAAAAGGAGCAAUGUUUUAUUAAAAUAAUCUAAAACUGCUUUCAGUGCUUUUGAAAAGAAAAAAGCUCACCACAUUGAACCAAUGGUUUGAAAGAUUCUGAAUAGUGCCAAAACUUUCAGUGCUUUUGAUGCUUAUUUUAUUUCCUUAAAACAUGAUAAUACAGUUCUCAUGGAAGAAAUGUUUCCCAUUAUAUUGUGUCCUCAAAGUUCCAGCUGCUGGCUUCAAAAGCACAAAGGAAAGAGGGCUUAUCCUACAGUCUGUGUCUCAGGAUGUCUACCAGAAUUUAGCAUUAGAGGAUUGGAUCCAUGAUAACAUGGAUUUAGAGAAGAGGCACGUUCUUCUCCUCUGGAGAAAUUCUUCUGCUGUAGUGAUUGGUCGACAUCAGAAUCCCUGGCAGGAAUGUAACCUUGGAAUCAUGAGGCAGAAGGGUAUAAAACUUGCUCGAAGAAGAAGUGGAGGAGGUGCAGUUUACCAUGACAAAGGCAACAUUAAUCUAACUUUUUUCACUGACAGAAAAAAAUAUGAAAGAAUUGAAAAUUUAAAACUCGUUGUUAAAGCUUUGAAGUCCCUGCGACCCCAGCUAGAUGUUCAUGCUACUGAGAGAUAUGAUCUCUUGUUAAACAAAACCUUUAAAAUUUCAGGAACUGCUGCGAAAUUAGGAAGAACAGCUGCUUAUCACCACUGCACUUUGUUAUACAGUACUGAUAAAUUGGUUCUAACAUCUGCGUUAAAGACUCCUAAUAGUGGAAUCCAAAGUAAUGCCACACCAAGUGUGCCUGCAUUAGUGAGAAAUCUCUAUGAAGAAGAUCCCACAUUAACUUGUGAAAUGCUUAUGGAAGCCAUUGCUGGCGAAUACGCUUCACAUCAUCACAUUGAAAACCAUAUCCAUGUUAUAAAUCCAGCCGAUGAAACAGAAUUCCCUGGGAUUAACAACACAGCCAUAGAACUAAAAGCCUGGAAUUGGCUAUAUGGAAAAACACCAAAGUUCAAAAUCAGCACAUCCUUUAAUAUAGGACAUGAGGAAUCCAAUGUUGAAAUUCAGAUAAGUAUGGAUAUAAAGAAUGGUAACAUUGAAACUUGCCAAAUAGAUGUCCCUCAGAACUGGCUGCCACUGGAUGUGUGUGUUGAACUCAGGAACAGCCUAAUUGGCAAUAGGUUUUGCCCAAAUGAAAACACUGCCGUGACAACUGCUUUGCUAAGAAUGUGGGCAAAUUCUACAUUACACAGCAAAUUGCAUAUCUUAUGUGAGAAGAUAAUAACAUUAAUGUAAUUUAUAUGAUUAGCUGGAUUCUUAGAUAUCAGAUUAGUAGUUUGCUAAUACAAGAUUGCCAUGUAUGAUUUUAGAAGAGUUCAAUGAAUGUAAAUUUAAUGUUACAUAUAACUACUGAACAAAAAUAACACUUGAAUAUAAAAUUCCUUUUUAAGGGAAGUAGUUAAUUGACAUUGCAGUCGUUAUCUAUCUUCUCAAACUCCACUGAGUUUAAUGGAACUUGGAAUGCAUUUAAUGGAAUGCAAUAAUAAUAAUAAUAAUAAUACACUUGGGUGAGCAAAAAUGUGGAGGAAAAACUAUAACUAAUAGCCAUUUUCAAAUUCAAUAUAUUACUGGUCCAAACACCCAAAUUAUAGCCAUAUUUGAAUUGACAUUGAAACAUUACUUCAGUUAUAAUCAACAAAAUUUAAAAGAUUAUUUGUUCUCCCUGUCUUCUUUGCUGGAUAAGAGUUGACUCAAUGUGAAAUAGGCGGCAAAUAAAUUAAUUAAUAAAUAACAUGUUAGCAACCUUGUGAAA